AUGCGUUUAAAAAGUUCCAAGGCGAUUAUUCGUCAAGUUCCUUUCUGCUUGACAUCUCGAGAGAAGCCUCGGCGCGCAGUCCGCGUCGACAAAAAAGGCGAGGCCUCAGCUGUGGAAGAUCUCAAGCGACGGCUCGGUGUGUCGAUGGAGUGUCUUGAAAGUUUUUCCUGGCACACUUUUUUAGCUCUUCGAGUGCAAAAGCCUUUUUUUUCGUUUUUUUUUGUUCGAGAGAGAGAGAGCAAGGCCUUUUUUCUGCCUUCCGCUGUGCAGCUGAACUCUUCAUCUUUCUCCGGUCCCCGUCUCGCUGUCGCGACAGUCUCCGGUCUCCAAGGACGCCUUUGCCAUCGGCUUGUCGCACGCGGUCCUUUCAUUUCUCCUUUUCUUGAUUUCUUCUACUUUUUAAAGUCGUUUGGUCUCCGUCUGCCUCUCUUCUGUCCUUCCCUCCUGCUGUCUUGGGGGACCGGCCUUUGUGCCGGGCUCCGUGUUGUUUUUUUUCAACCACCUUUGCAGAAGAAAACGGGAUUUUCGGCGUUUAAAAAAGGACCCCCCAGCUCACAUCUCCGCGGCUGCAAGGGCUCGUAA